AUGGAGACUACAUUUAUGACCAUUCACAACCUGGGCCCCGAGGCUAAUAUCCUCUACGCUUCUGAGUCUAUUGUUGACAUUCUGGGAUUUCAACCUGAGGAAGUCGUUGGAAAGUCAUGCUUUGACUACUUCCAUCCCGACGAGGUCCCUAUUGCUCGAGUUGUUCAUAGUCGCGGCGUACAGAUGGAUAAGGCUGCUGUUCUUCACUAUGCAAGAAUCAUCAAUCGCCAAGGAGAGUGGGUGGGCUGCGAAUGUGUCUUCACAAUCGUCUAUGAGGUCUUAGUUGCUUGCACUAGCAUCUACAAGGGCGAUGCGAAGAACGAGAGACGCGCAAUCGAAGCCCCAGCGAUUCGACGCUUGUUCGCAUCAUCUCCAAGAGACCCUCGAUACCACAUGUUGGAACAUCUUUCGUCCAAGUUCCGUACUUCACCACAAGCAUCUCUUCUCGAACCUCGCGCUGCCCUGAUCUUGAACCGUUUCACGCGCACACUGACUGUGAUGUAUGCUACUGAUGCUGUACAGAGCAUUCUUGGAGUCACUCCCGACCAGUUCAAGGAUAAGAGUUUCUACGAGUGUAUGCAAGAGAACUGUCUUCCUGAGGCUAUUCGAUGCUUGGAAAGUGCUAAAGCCAACGAUUCGAUCGCCUACCUGCGCUUCUGGUACCGAGAUCCUCGACGAGAAGAAGAUUUCCAGCAGGAAAUGCACGAUGCUAGCCAGAGUAGUGAUUCCGAAGAUGGAGGUGUCGAUCUCAACGUCCCCAUGGAUCUAGAUCCUGAAUCUGCUGCUCAUGUCUCGCCUUCGAUGCAGCACGAAAGCCCUGUGAGCCAACAAAGAUCUCAAAAUUCCCGUACAUCUUCAGGUGAGAGUACGGAUCUUGAACAUGACGCAUCUAAUGCCAUAUUCGAUCGAGCAGGAGGUCCAACUUCCUCAACAUCGUCUCUCAUUGUCCUAUCCCCUGAAGCUCGCCGAAGAAGAGCCCCUACACGUUCGCCCCAGCCCGCCAAUGAGCCAUACGAGAUAGAGGCCGUUGUGUCAUGCACUUCGGAUGGCUUGGUGGUUGUCUUGCGUCGAGCUCGUCCUCUUAUACCCACUCUUCAACCACCACCUCAAGUUCCACAGUAUGCUAAUGGGUUAUUCGCGGCUCCUUGGGGUGCAAAUCCGAUUCGACCCCAGCUGUAUCAUCCAGAUCACCAGGUUCCUUUUCAGCACGGUCUGCAAGCACCUCAGCUACCCGCUGGCGGACCGCCUCAAGACGAAUUCAUGAACUCGAUUCGCGAGGUGGCUGUAUUCGCAUGGUCACUGGUCGGCAUCAAUGGGAACAUUGCGUCCUACGGUCGCGGAAAUCCCUACGGAGAGGCUCAACCUCCAGGUGGCUUACCAGUAUGGGAUCCUUACGCUCAACCGACCCCAGGUUUUGCGCCGCCUGAAAAUCAAGCUGUGCAGAGAUGGAGCCGCAUGGGACAGAAGACAAACGAGCCUGGAGAUGGUAAUACAGUGCCUUACCAGCACGGUAGGCAGGAAGAGCUCCUCAGAAGUCAAAAUGGAUUUGGUUCUGGUCCGAUGCAAUUAGAUCGUCCUGAUCAGAUGGGUCAAGCUCCACAGGGACACCAAUUUGCGUUCUCAUUCCAGCCUCAAACUCAAGCAGAUAUGCUAAGCGGUGCACAUCCUUCGCAGGAGGCUCAAACUGAUUGGACUCCUGUCAAUCCACCCGAUCAGCACCAAAGUCAUCAAGGGCCCAGUGAAGGCUUCGGAGGAAAUCGAUAUCUAUGGUAUUGA